UUUCCCUCCUCAUUCAGGCUAUAAGAAACCUCUAACCUGGUCUACCCUCUCCCCCACCUCUCUAUCUCUCUCAGACUCUCUCGCCUGUCUUGACUUUGCCCACUCACCACGCUCCUUAAACACACACUCGCUAUGCUCGCCCUCCUCCCGGUCCUUUUCCUCGCCGGCACCCUCGCCGCCCCGCAUCUCAGGCAGAUGCCCACCGUCCCGUCGUCGUGCAGCUCGCAGUGCGCGCCCGUCAACUCGGUCUUCAGCGCCUGCGUGUCGGGCGAUACGCAGACGUGUCUGAGCGUGUGCACUCCCUCGACCUUCUCCCAGUUCUCCACCUGCGUCAACUGCGUCGCGGGGGCGGACGGUAUCUCGGCCUCGGCCAAGACCCAGCUCCAGCAGGUGCUCGACUCGAUGACGAGUGCGUGCGCGCAGCUCAACUCGAUGGGCGGCGCGAGCGCGGCCGCUUCUGGCAGCAACGCUACCGGCGCGGGAGCUAGCGUUUCUGGCGCGGGCGCCAACGUCUCUUCUGGGGUCAGCGCCUCUGCCUCUGGCUCUGGCGCCAACUCGUCGGCGGCUGGUGCCUCGGGCGCUGCUUCUGGCGUCGUCUCGGCGGUCGCUGGCGCAUCCGGUGGUGCUUCUGGUGCGGGGGCGUCGGGCGGCGCAGCGGCCAGUGGCGGCGGCGCUGGCGGCGCGUCUGCCCCCACCUCGCCGAGCGGCCUCAUUACCAACUCUACCAAGGUCACCGGAUCUGGUGCCGCGCCGAGCGGUGGCACUACUGCCCAGCCCAACGGCGCCGCCACUGCCACCACCUACACCCCGCUCCUUUUCCUCGGCGCGCUGCUUGCCGCCUUCCUUUAG